GGCUCAACCCCGCUCCCUUAUUUUUUUUACUGAAAUAUGGCUAUGUAUUUAGGUGUUUUGGCAACAUCAAGUAAUGAGUUGUUUUGUUUACCGGCUUUAAACGCAUGUGACUGUACGUGCAAGCAGAGUGUGUAGAAGCAUUGGUGCUGUUUUGAAUUCAUUAUUUAUAAGAUGGAUGAUCAGAUUAGUCCUAUUAUUGAAACCUACAAAACGUUGUCUUCGGUCCCAACCCCCAUAUCUGCCACAAUAUUGCUUGAAACAAAAGAGAGGCCAUUAUGUAUUCAUAGUACAUGGAGUAUUCAUGAUUUAAUAAAAGCAGAACAAACAAAGUUUUCUCAAGAUUUCAUUGUGGAAAGAACAUCAGAAAAAUGUAGUGUUUUAUUUUGUGGAAUACCUCAAGAUAUAACUACAAACUCUCUUUCUGCGUUUGCUGAAUCCAGCAAGAGACAAGCUGUUCUUAGAAAAUCUUCUAAUGAUCGUGUAUUCUUAGAAAUUUGGAACUUGUCCAGAAAAGAAAAGACAUUUGAUUUGUCUGAGCGCAAAGAACAUGGAAAGAUUUAUGACAAUAUGUUUGGAUGUUUAAGCUGGAGUGCAGAUGAGAAAUAUUUGUUGUACAUAGCAGAAAAAAAACAAAAGAAGAGUGUGUCAUAUUUCAAAGACUGUUUUUGUCAAGAUAGUGGUGGAAGUGAUAAGGAUGAUAAAGAUACUGUUAAGGGAGAAGAAUAUCUCUAUCGUGAAGAUUGGGGUGAAGACCUUGUUGGUCUUCAUGACUCAGUUAUAUGUAUCCUAGAAUUAGAGACUGGAAAAAUAGAAGUUAUUGAAUUGAGUGGGAAAUAUGAAAAUUUGUGGGUUACCCAGGCAGUUUGGGGUCCUAAAGAUGAAUUUAUAUUAUUUGUUGGCUAUGAUAAGUUAUCUCGUAGGUUAGGUAUACAGUAUUGUGCCCAACGAAGAAGUGGAAUUUAUUCAGUCAAUAAAGAAAAUAAAGAAAUUGAAUGCAUUAGUAUUGGGAACAGUGUCAGUGUUCGUUCUCCACGUUUCAGUCCAGCAUAUAAUUACUUAAUUUACUUGGAAAAUGAAGCUGGAGGUCCUCAUCGUAUGUGUAACAAACUUACAAAAUAUGACUGGAAUUCCAAGACCCAUUCUACAGUUAUUGAUGUUGUUGAAAAAGCUGAUGAUGAUUCUUUUCCUGGUUUAUACAUUGAAAAAUUACCUAAAAGGUGUUGGACAGGAAAUGGAAAAUACAUAAUUUUUUCAUCCCCAUGGAAGAGUAGUGAGGUUAUUUUAUGUGUGGAUGUGAAGAGCUUAAAAGUACAAAAGAUUAAAAUAGAUGAAACCCUGGGGGCUUGCCAUGUUCUUGAUGUCUUCGAUAAUUUUGUUGUAGCUUCAGUCUCCUCUCCAGAUCUUGAGCCAUGCUUGGCUCUUGGAUACCUUGAAAUAGAUGAAGAUAUUUCUGUAACAUGGAUAUAUUUGAAUAAUAGCACACCAGCAAAAAUUCCUGGAAUAAAAUGGGAUGUUAUUUCUCUUACACCUACUGUGCCAAAUGCAAAGUACCCAUUUUUAAAAUAUGAGGUCAUAUUGAUUUCUCCAGAGGAGAUAGAUGAUAAAUCACCGUUAAUUAUAUGGCCACAUGGUGGACCACACUCAGUGUUUCUCUGUUCUUUCAUGGUAUUUGUAGCAGCCUUUGUGAAGUUAGGUUAUGUAGUUGGUUUAGUGAAUUAUCGUGGGUCACUUGGAUAUGGAGAUAGCAGUGUGAGGUCUCUUUUGGGCAAUAUUGGCACUCAGGAUGUGCAAGAUGUACAACAUGCUGCUGAAUAUCUAAAAAAUAAAUCUGAACUGAAAAUUAGUGAUGUUGUAUUGUUUGGUGGAUCUCAUGGAGGUUUCCUAACUGCUCAUUUAUGUGGACAGUAUCCUGAUUUCUAUAAAGCUGCUGUAUGUAGAAACCCUGUUAUUGAUAUAAGUGGAAAAGUUGAAGCAACAGAUAUACCAGAUUGGGCAUGGGUAGAAACAGGACAAGAACAGAAGUUUAAUCUUUCAGCAGUUGUUGACCCAGAUGUUUUGAAAUGCAUGUGGGAGAAGUCUCCAAUAAAAUAUAUAAAAAAUGUAUCUGCACCAACUCUUCUUUUGGUGGGCAAAAAAGAUUUGCGUGUUCCUCCAAGUCAAGCUUUCAAAUACUAUCACUUAUUAAAGGCUCAGAAUGUUCCUGUUCAGGUUUUUUGUUAUGACGACAAUCAUGGCCUGAGCAAAGUUACUUCUUCAAGUGACGGUUUCAUGCAGACAGUUUUAUGGUUUAAAAAGCACUUAUAGUUUGACAGUUAAUAUGCUUUUUGUAAUUUUUCCUUACUUGAUUUUAAUUUCCUGGAAUUACAGGAGAUUUAUAUAUUUUUGUAGCAUAAUUUUUGAAAACUUUAGUCAUGUUUUGUAUGUUUUUUCAGAGAUUUUUACUUGCAUCUUGAGAUGCCAGCCUGUUUUCUGAUUUGCCAUAACAAAAACUACUAAUAUUUUACAAUAAAGAUUUAAUAUUUUGUACUUAUAAUAACAAUAAAAAAAACUAAGAAGCCUA